AUGAAUAGUAAAAAACAUGCCCUUGAUUCUGAUAGUGAUGAUGAUAGCGACAAUGGAGGAAUUGUCGAUAGGUCUGGGAAACGUAUAAAAUUGGACACAUUAUUUGACGGUUUGAAAUUGAAUGAUGACAAGUCAGCUAACUCCACAGUAAAAAGCAAGAAGAGUGAGUAUGUACUACCAAAUUUCAAGACCCCUUUCGGUGGUGGGAUAUUCAAGACCAAAUCUGCUCCUCGAACCUAUACUUCAUCACAACUCGACUCAUACGUAAAUGAAAGAAUUGUCAAUCAUUUUCAGAACAUUAUUACAUCUGGGUUGAAAGUCAUAUCAUGGUACGAUUACCGAUUUCUCGUUCUAUAUCGCUUACAGAGGUGGCUUGUCAAGCUAUUCAAUCGAUUCAUAAAGAAAUAUAAUGCUAAAAAUAAUUCAUCUAUUAGGGCAUUCAAAAGUCACGAGCAAAUUCUUCAAUUGGUACGAGAUGGGCUUAUGUCAUGGACCGACUUGGGAAACAUUAUCAAUGAGGAAAACAAGUUGGAAAGUAAACGACUUUUGUUGAAGGAGGAGAAGCGGCAGGCAAAGCAAAACACUAAAAAAAUUGAGGAAGAGACUGAAGCUUAUAGAGAUUUGGGAUACAAUUAUUGGGAUAAUUUGAAAUUCGAUAAAGAUUUGGACAUGCUCGAUGCUGAUGAGAUGGAUGGGCCAAGAUUCGAACAAGUCCCGGAAGAGGGUGAUGUAGCUAUGGGCGAUGAGGAUAUAAACUCAAACGGUGUGGAAGCGAAUUAUGGAUCAUAUUAUCAGAAGGUGUGA